AAAGGACCAACUGCCACAGUGCAAGCUAAAGGAAAUUGACAGUUAGCUAGCUAGCUAGAUGCCUGUUAAAUUUGAGUAGUAGCUAAUGUUUGAGUGCGUAGCUACAUAGUUAGCUAGCUAAUCAAUUUUAUUUUAUAGCACCGAAUGAAAAUUUAUAUAAUCACAUAACUAGAUAUUAGGCACUAGGCUGCCAGUUCUGCCACGCGACAUUAGUUAGCUAGCUAGCUAGCUAACUAAUAGAGUUCCUGAAUAGAGCUAUUGGGUAAAUAGCUAGGUUAGUUUACACGGUAGUUUUCAGAUAAGUUAACAUUUGUCACAGAGUUCGUGACGUUCAUCGUUAUUGAAGCGAGUGAAGUUGACCAAAAGGUAAUUAGUCGGUUAAAGACAAUAAUGUUGGCGCUAGCUAGCUGGGUUAUUUAGCUAGCAAUUGUAUUCUUUGAGUUACACUCUUCUUUCACAACGCAGUUCAUUAGCUAGCCUAGCUAGCCCUAUGACCAACAGUCCCUCAAAGAUUAUCCAGUGUAGCGUAACGAGUCUUGAAAACAAUCGAUAAAGAUCCGAUGUUGACAUACUAUGGGAUUAUGGUGCUAUGUAAAGUUAGUAUUUUAUUGGUUUGUUAAACUUAAAUUAUGUAACCUAUGAUUUAAUAUUAAAGAUAGGUUAACUAGCUAGCCAGCUAGUCAGUUCCACUGUCUUCAACGUUAAUACGUGAACGUAUCAUCUGAAACCUAACUAAAAAGCAAGACUGAGCAUUUCUUGCCGACUUCGGCGGUUCCGCGAGAAGACGUCCGUGUGUGCGCACAUACCCUCCCUUCCCACUGCCUUGCUAUCAAAUGCACAGCUUCCUGAUGCUGACAGAAAGCAGAAAACGGCGUCAUCCCUGUGAUGCUGAGGAGAUGCAAAUUCUGCCUCAGAAUAAGAGGUUGGUAACUGACCCUUUCUUCCCUGAACUGGGGCGUGAUGUUUGGGACUCUGAGUCUUCCAGCAAUGACAGCAGUGUCUACAGCAGUCCAGAGAGGCUGGCAGGAGCGAGUUCCAUCAACCAGUCCACAAAUGAAAAGGGAAAGUGCAUCGGACAAGAUUUGUGUACCUCCAGUGGUUCUGGUCACUUAGUUGAAGAGCCAGCCUUCUUCAGUGAAAGUGAUACCUCUUACCAUCAUAUCAACCGCAUCCUUAGAGAGGCCCAUUUCAGCAGCCUUCAAACUCGAGGCCAGUCAGGACCUACAACAUGACUUCCACUGGUUCUCCCAACACCCAAUGCCAAGUAGGGGCAGUGCAUUGGGAGCCUUUCACAUGGGAAACCUCGGUAACUUUGUACCUCUAGCCCUAGCACAACAGGAGGCUCUCUCUUCACUAGAACUUUGGCUUGACUACUUUAGUGUCCACUCCUUUAGCACUUUUUCAUUUUCAUUAUAUGCAUGUGGUUUUGUUGUUCUUGUGUUCAUCCUGUUCUCCACUUGGGUGCUACAGUACAAGAAGAAACCUCAAAUGGCAUUUGUAAUGUUAUGUGCUUAUGCUGUUAUGUAACCUUAUCUGUUUUACUCAACCAGGCAGAUACACAUGGUGCUACAUGGUAAAUGAUUCAGAGAAAAGGUCAUGUUUUUGCUAAGUAAAGGAGAGUGGCACCAGGAUGUUUUUGUUGUGAAUGCACCUUAUGAUUGAGUGGAUCGAAACUAAUCGAAAAAGUACAAAAUGCAUAUUUUUUUACUCUCUUUGUACUAAAGACCUCUGAGGGCACAUAGUUGGUGUACCUAAGCACAGUUGGGUAUUCUUGCUGUUUUAUUAUUGUGUACUGCAGGAAUCCAAAAUUAUUCUGUUGUUUGCUAUAAUGCAUCCACACAAGAUCUGGAAUGAUUGUGUUGCCAUUGUUUCUACUGGUAAGUUGACUCAUUCAGGAAGCAUUUGCAGUUCAGUUGGAUCCUACAUUAAAACUCAGGCUUUGGGAUUUCCUCCAAGUGUGCUAUGAAGCCAAAUUGGAAACUAGGUGGAAAAGUGAUGGCUGUAAUCCAAACCUGUGUCAGAAAUGUGUAGUUUAUGCUUUAAAUUCCAGUUUGUUGGUUGCUUAGUAUAGUGACUGGUUUCACUUAGCAUUUAGGCACACA